GUGUGUGUGUGUGUGUGUGUGUGUGUGUGUGUACGUAGAAGGAGUGUGUAUCUUUAAAAGGAGGCUGUCUUGCUAUUGGAUAUUGUAGGUUCUCUUAGGGCUCCAAUAAUAUUCAGGGCUGUACAAAGAGAUCUACUCCCUCCCCCAUCACAGUGACUGGUACUAUGCACAGCCCCAGAGGCGAUGAUGCUCUCCUCUCGCAGAUAGUGAUGGAUUUUAAUAUAGAGGAAGGACGAAAUCGACAAGUCACGCUGCUUUUUUGUGGGAUUUUAAAAUUCACAUCUAUGUAGUGAUUCUGGAUUUUGUAUCAAAAUGGCAAAGAGGGCGUGGUUUAGAGGCAGGAGAUGCCAUUUGUUCUGGAUGUUUUUCCUUCUGUUGUGGAAUAACGCAGACACGCAGACUCGCUAUUCGAUUCCAGAGGAAUUGAAUGUGGGCUCUGUUGUCGGAAACAUUGCUAAAGACCUAAGCUUGAAAAUAUCUGAGCUUUAUGAUCGUAAAUUGCGAAUAGCCUCUGAAACAGGUAAGCAGUAUUUCAGCAUGAAUUUAGCAAAAGGUGAGAUGGUCGUUAGCGAAAGAAUAGACAGAGAGAGUUUGUGUGGUCAGAACGCAAAUUGUUUGUUGCCAGUUCAAGUCAUAAUCGAGAAUCCCCUCGAGCUUCACAGAAUGGAUGUUGAAAUACUGGACAUAAAUGACAAUUACCCUCAUUUUCAGUCAGCUGACCGCGCGCUGAAAAUAGCAGAGUCGACUGUGCCUGGAAUGAGCUUCCCUUUGGAAAGCGCGCAAGACCCAGAUGUGGGCAGUAAUUCCUUAAAAUCAUACACUUUGAGCAAAGAUGAAUGCUUCAGUUUGAAAGUUAAGGAUCUUAGUGAUGGCCGUAAAGUGCCAGAAUUAGUCUUGGAGAAAGCUCUUGACCGCGAAAACAAAGCUGUUCACCAGCUGCUAAUAACGGCACUGGACGGAGGAAAUCCAGUUCGAUCUGGCACCUCUCAGAUAAAUGUCACAGUACUUGACAUCAAUGACAAUAACCCCGUAUUUGAUAAAACUGUAUACAAAGUGAACAUUCCUGAGAACUCGAGACGGGGGACUUCAUUUUUAAAAGUUAAUGCAAAUGAUUUGGACGAAGGCCCAAAUGGUGAGAUAGGGUAUUCAAUUGGAGAACAUACACUCGACAGCAUACGUUCGUUAUUUUACGUUGAUCCCCAAACUGGAGACGUUAUUUUAAACGGGCAGCUGGAUUUUGAGACUGCCCCCGCGUACAAUAUAGAGAUCAGCGCGAAAGACAAAGGAAGCCCCGAAAUGGAGGGCCACUGUACUGUGCAGAUUGAAGUCUUAGAUGUGAACGAUAAUUCCCCUCAGAUAGUCCUCACCUCCAACCCUAGCCCCGUGCGCGAGGACGCGCCGAUUGGCACCGUUGUAGCUUUGAUAAGUUCACGCGACGUGGACUCCGGUGUCAACGGAAAAGUGGUUUUACAGAUCCAGACUGAUACUCCUUUUAUACUGAAACCCACUUUCUCUAAUGACUAUUCAUUAUUGACAAAUGGGGUCUUAGACCGGGAAAUAUUCCCGGAAUAUAAAGUAGAAAUAACGGCUUUGGAUUCGGGUUCUCCUUCCUUGAGUAGCAAAAAAAUAAUCCCUAUUCAAAUUCUCGAUGUUAACGAUAAUCCACCAAAGUUUAGUGAUAAAUUUUACAAAGUGUAUGUAAAAGAGAAUAACAGUCCGGGCUCUAUAAUUUGUUCGGUGUCAGCCUUAGACCCUGAUGUCGGAGAAAAUUCUAAAAUAUCUUAUACAAUAAUUGAUUCCAAAGCUGAAGACAUCCCAAUGUCGUCAUUUGUCUAUAUAAAUUCAGACAAUGGAAGUAUUUUCAGCAUGCAUUCAUUUGACUACGAAAAAUCGAAAGUGAUUCAGAUCCAAGUUCAGGCGAAAGACCACGGCUCCCCAUCUCUGACCAGCAACGCCACAGUUCACAUUUUUAUUCUGGACCAGAACGACAAUGCCCCCGUGGUUAUUUACCCCUCCGCAGUCAUGGGCUCCGUCUCUCAUCAGAGGAUGCCCCGCUCCGCUAAAGCAGGACACCUCGUUACUAAGGUAACAGCAGUGGACGCUGACUCGGGCCAUAACGCCUAUAUUUCCUAUCGGCUAGCGGAGGCGACGGACGCGUCCCUAUUCAGUGUGAAUUUGCAUACGGGAGAGGUGAGGACUAAGCGCUCUGUUUCAGAGCAGGAUGACUCCUCUCAGAGACUGCUGAUAGAGAUAAAGGACAAUGGAGAACCAGUUCAGUCCACCACAGUCACCGUGGAUAUACUGAUAGAAGACGGCUUUCAUGAGCCUGUACCAGACUAUCGUAAGAAAACUACAGAGCUCAAUCAGAAAAGUGGCAAAAUCACAUUAUAUCUGAUCAUCUCUCUUGCUUCUGUAUCUUUGUUGUGUUUGUUGACAUUUUUCAUCCUACUGGUGAAAUGCGCUCGAAGCAGCAGCGGCAGCUCGAGCUGCUGUAUGAGACGGAGCGAUUCUGGAUAUAAAAACCCCAACAGAAACCUGCAGAUCCAGCUCAACACUGACGGACCCAUUAAGUACGUGGAAGUGCUGGGAGGAGACAUGAUGUCUCAGAGUCAGUCCUUCGGGUCCUAUCUGUCUCCAAUGUCAGAAUUCAGUGAUUUCACCCUCGUUAAGCCCAGCAGCACCACAGACUUUACAAACACACUAAACGUGCUUGACGCGUCGUUACCUGACAGCACAUGGACGUUUGAGAGUCAGCAGCAAAAGCCACCUAACAACGACUGGCGUUUACCCCCAAACCAGAGGCCCGGACCCAGUGGCCAGCACAGGUUCCACACCCUGCAGCAGAAAUGGACUCCCUACAAGAAGUCCAGAGCCGCUGCUCGUCCUGAGGAGGCUGGCCCAGGUGCCGUGGUAGGAACCGGACCGUGGCCCAACCCCCCGACCGAGGCCGAACAGCUUCAGGCUCUCAUGGCAGCUGCAAACGAAGUGAGUGAAGCUACAGCGACUCUGGGCCCCCGCUACAACGCUCAGUACGUCCCCGACUACCGGCAGAACGUCUACAUCCCGGGCAGCACCGCCACACUGACCGCCAACCCCCAGCAGCAGCAGGUACCCCAACAGGCCCUGCCCCCGCCUCAGGCCCUCCCCCCCGCCGAGGCCCCCAAGGCCGCCCCGACACCUGCCAGCAAGAAGAAGGUCACCAAGAAGGACAAGAAGUAAGACAGGCUGGAGUCACGUCUCCAUAGCUGUGGAGCACAGCUUGUGGGAUUCCAGCCUUUCCCUUCAGUGCGUUUUAACUUGUCCAUCGCUGGAAAAUCCCUUAGUUGUCAGAUAUUCAUUUAUAUUGUCCUUUUGUUUGAGGUUGUUUUGAUUUUGUACCGCUUUAGUCCCCGAUGCAAGCAGUUCACCAGUCCCUUAUGUUUGGUAGUUUUUGUAGCCUGUCUUUAAAAUGGAAACUUCAUGAGGGCUCGAACAGGACAAGAUGUGUUCAGAUUCCAAAGCUGAUCACGGAGAACAUGAAGUCUGUCCUGUAAGAUAACUAGCAUUGUUGAACAAAUAUGCCGAUUUUGUUUGUCAUGUUAAGGAUUUUUUUGUUCUUUCUAAUACAAAGUAGUUGCUUUUUGUGGCAAAAAGACUGAAAAUGUUGGUGUUUUUUCAAGAGAAUGUGCCAUAUUCCCCAAAGUUGUUUUUCCUUUUUUCUUUCUUGAUUUUGCAUGAUCAACUUUGACCUCUUUAAGAGUAUUGGAAAUGAACUAUGCAGUGUGGAAAGAUAUUAAAGUGAAAAUUACAAUUUGCAGUAGAUCUUAAAACAUAUUUAGAAAUAAGAGAAUGCGUUUUCCUUGUAAAACACCAGCAGCUGAAAAGUUGGACUGUUUGUAUUGUAGGAAAAAGAAUAAAAUUGAAUUCAGUCUCCUUAAAUUCUUUAGUGCCACUAAGGCAAUGGUAGGUUAUUGAUAUUAUCACCCAUUACAUGUUAUAUGAAUUAUACUAUAGCUGUAUAUCAAUCUUGUGGACCUGCAUUAGAUGAAGUAUGCCAUGUUUUAUAAAACAAAGAUAAGGCGGCUGCUACGCAGGCCUUUGGUCUGCGUUAAGCCGGAUUUGUUGAGUCAUACUGAAGGGGGAAGAGCACACUGGUGACGUGCUUGGAGAGAAGGUGACAGGGUUGCAGCGUUUUUCUGUGUGGUGUUUGGGGUUGCUAAGCUGCAGAGACCGAUGAAUAAAACAUAUGGAUGGGUAAGUCCUCUGCGUGCACUGAUAGGGGGGUGUAAGUGAAGAUCCCAGCCCAACAAGUCUUGGUUCUGCAACACCUUAAAAUGGUCCUCAACUGAGCAAAUGUACUUCCUGUAAUGGCCCUUCCAUCUAGGAAGGUCAGAACACAAGGCCAGAGGUGUGAUGUCUUCACCCAGCUCCCAGAACCCUGAUAUACUCUGCACAACGCAAAAUACAGCAACCUGUCAUUGCCAUGUAAAAAGAGAUAUGUAACCUGUCUGUGAAAUCUAGAGCCACAGAGAUCAGGCUAACACAGGAAUGUUUCAGUAUUUUUUAGAAAACAAAAAAGUAAAAAAAAAAAACCAACAACUCUGAUAAAGUGUAGUGGUAUGGAUACAAAAGCUUCAAGCUAACUGACUAAUCUCAUCUGUAAAUAUAACUUGCAGUCACCGAAGAUGCAGAAUCGUAGCUUAGGCUCGUGAAAUUUGUGCAUAUUUUUGUGUUUUUUUCUUCUUUCACUUUCUUUCUUCAAUCAUCUGAACUUUUAAAAAUAAAAAAAAAAUUUAAAAAAAGUUGCAUAUGGAUUUUAUUGUGGCCUAACCCUUCCCCGUUGCUCUAUAGUCCUCUGUGUUUGUAAUUACAGUCAACUGUUAAUGCUAUUGGAAUGCCAUUCCUGUCUAACUAUGAAUAUAUAGAAAUGUCUGUCUCCUGCUUGAAUACCUUUCUGUAUCCGACCAUGCUAACGUUCCUUUUUUAAACGCUUACCGCGUCAUGUUACUUUUAUUUUAUAUGCAGAUAUUUAUAUGGCUGUUGGUUUGUUUAUGUUCUUGUUUAUUAAUGGAACACUUACAUUUCAAAUAAAAGUUUGUCAGAACUCACAA